CUUGAGAUUUGAAAUUUGGAAUAAAAAGACCAAGAGAUUGUCAUUAAAAUAGACUGGUUUUAGGGAAGACUGUUGCCUCAUGACAAGGCUGUCUCUGUUGGUUUACUCUGUUUAACGUGAUGGGACCAAGCUGGCCAGCCUCAACUUGUGUUCAUCUAACAUCUAGUACCCAACUAGAUGGGAGGAGUGACCCCAUGAAACUUCAGACCCAGAACCAGCUGCAGUUUAAUAGGAAUGUUCCUACACAUCCAAGCAACUUGGCAAUCCGAUAUUCUUGCCCACAUGCAAUUAGAAUUGAAAAACUGAAGCAUUCGUACAAUGAAUCAUACCAUUGUAAAGAUGCAGAUUGUAGAGUCGAUCCUGACCUAUGCAGUUCUGUUUCAUUUUCCGUCAUAUCAGAAGAGAGACUUAGCUAUGCUGUGCACCUAGCCAAAAGAGAUGUUAAACGAAGACAAUUCGAAGAACGCAUCAAGGAGCAUCAUCUUAGAAUUCAGCCCCAAAACUCACAGAGAUGUGGACAUACUAAGUAUAAACUAUCUGACCACAGAGUGGAAAGGAAGGAAUCAAAGAGUCAAGAAGUCUGUCAGUGCAGCCACCAGCCAUCCAAAGUAGAAAUCUCCAGCUCUGGUGCCCAGGUGUACCUGUACACGCCUCACCGAGGACAUUCAAGUCUUACCAUGCCAAAUUCGCCACCCACCCGUGAUCCAGGACUCUGUCAGCCCCAUCCCGGGAUAAGUGACCACAAAAACUUAAAUGAACAGAAAAGCCUACUAGAAGUCCAGCGUCUUCAGAAAGAAUUGAGCAGUUGUAUCCACAAAAUUGAAGAGGUAACUAAAAAAGGCAGACUAGAAGCAGCUUUGGAUCCAGAUGAAGAACGUCGAAUCCGUGUCAGGAGACAGGAGCAAGCUGUUCGUUCUGCCCGAAUGCUCUACGUCCUCCAGCAGCAGGUAAAAGAAAUACAGGAAGAAUUGGAUAAAUUGAGUCCACAUAAAAUUAAACACACUAAGAAGUCGUGGGCAAUGUCUAGGCUGGCAGCUGCCCAUCGAGGAGCCAUUCGAGCCUUACAGAUGUUUGUCACUCAGUUUACUGACAGCGGGGAGCACCCAGUUCCUACUCGGUAUAGGGAACUGGGCAGCCUUAUCCGCCAGCUUUCACUUUGUUCUGCCAGGCUGGAUGCUGAUCCUUCUGUUCCUGACGUGGUUAUAGAUAUUCUGCAACAAAUUGAGGCUUUGGAAUCUCUCCUGGAAAAGAAACUGUCACCAAAAAAGGUGAAGAAAUGUUUCAGUGAAAUUCAGAGUAGAUUUCCUAUUGGUAGCCAAAGGACAUUAGAGAGAUGGCCAAGUCCAUCGCCAAAGAACAAGAGGAGACCCCUUGUAGCAAAGGAGACAUUGCCACAGGAAGCAAGUCGACGUCCAGUGGCAAAGAAGCUUCUUGUUGAUAAGUAUCAGUCUGAAACAGAAUGUCCAGUGACCCAGAAGUUGGAGAGUGAGCCUGAUUUACUAGAUGUGGAUAUCUUUCCAGAAGAAGGCCCAUUUAUUCUAGACGAAAGUGUAAACUUCAAAGAUGAGGCAUUAAACCUGGCAAAAACAAAGGCCAUGAAAAAGAAGCUUGUGACUGAGAAUGUGCCAAUUAGGAAGAAAGAUGCUGUGGCGCCAACAAGGCAACACCAAGGAUCCCACAAAGCCGAAAGAAGUAAACAAAGCCAACCGCAUGGUAAGAACAGGUUGCAACAGACAACAGUCUCAUCCAGGUUAAAAAUGAACCAACAACCUAUGAAAGACCAUAGGGCUCCUUGGAUACCUCCAAAUCCCACGUCCCCACCAGCAUCUCCUAAAUGUGCUGUGUGGCUAAAGGUAAAAUCUAGCCCUAGAGAUGUGACAAAAGAGCCCCUCCAGCAAGAAGUUACCCAAGAGGAAGGUCAGUUGAGAGGUGCUGUUGAGCAUGAGGCGGCCAGGCUCGCUUGGCUUGAUGCUGAAACUUCCAAAAGAUUAAAGGAACUAGAAGAAUUAAAAACCAAAGAAAUGGACAGAAUGCAAAAACAGAGGCUUGACUGGCUUGAUGCUGAAACUUCUAGAAGAACAAAGGAACUGAAUGAAGUCAAAACUGAAGAAAUGGAUAGACUCCAAAAAGUGAGUAUUUCUGCCACCCAGUUAGCAGACAAGGUUGAGGAAGCAGUUCUGGAUCGUUUGAAGCCUCUCUUAGUCACGGCCCAGAGAGUCAGUUCCUCUGCAGAAGCAAAUAAUCAUUUGAAGGAUGGUUCAUCAGUGAACACAGCGCCAGCCCAGCCUGAACGGGAGGUCUGUGUGGCUACAGCUAUUGAUUCUAUGCCCAAUAAUAUUCAUCAGCUGGAUGAUUUUUUGGAGGAUACUGCUCAGGAGCUCUGGGCUAUGACUCAUGCUAAGAUCUUGGGAUCUAAAACCUUAGCCACCUUGGAGGACAGCAAGGACAGUCCAACUCUGGAGAUCAUGAUGCUCCGAAUGGAGGAAAUGGAAAAAUACCAGGAGACAGUUCGUCAAAGAUAUAAUAAAAUCGUAUAUGCUGAUCCUCGUAUUUGGAUACAAGAAGGAAAAAAAGACCAACAGAUCCCAGCAAUAAGUGAAAAGCCUUUGCUUCCUCAUCCAAUCAUGAUCACAAAGACAGUAGCUCAAAAGGAACCAACUGUAAACAUCGUGUUAGAAAGGCCCUGUAAUGGCAAUUCCUUGGAUGAAAGUGUGGGAACAGAGGAGAGAUCAGAGAAAAGAGAGGCUCCCCUUCUCUCCCUUGUAGAAGAUUCUCGACAGAAAGAAGGCCAAGCUCUCCUGUUUGUCCCACCGUCUAUGCGGCACAGCAUUGGUGACUACUGUAGCCGUUUUGAGCAGUAUCUCCGGAUCAUAUCACAUGAGGCCAUAGGCUCUUUCAACCCGUGGCUGAUAGCUGAAAGCUUUUCAGAAGAGCUGGUAGAUGAAGCUCUGGGCGCUGUUGCUGCUGAACUUCAGGACAUGUGUGAAGAUUAUGCAGAAGCUGUGUUCACCUCAGAAUUCUUAGAGGCUGCUACAUAGAGGCUGUCCAAGGCCGGACCCCUGAUACCACACUGGAGAAGAGACGGCACCAUCCUUGGUUUAGCACACAGAAUCUCUUUAUUCUCGCUGUCCAUCCUGGCCAGAAGGUGCUGCCCAAAGAAAGGAAGGAAAUGCCAGUGGAGUCAUCCUCACUUUGCAUUUUCUCUUUGUCGUAGCAAUCGUUUUGGAAGUUUAUGGUGGAAUGUUGUUACAUUUAUCAGCACCCAAGAGAUGUGAAUUUAGGCAAUAUGAUGUUAUAAGAAUGUAUAACUUUUCUAUUGAAAUAAUGUGUUCCUUCCUCCAUCUUAGUCUGGUGAUGAAAAUGUUUUGAAAGGUAAUAGAUAAGUGUAUUUCACCCAGGGGUUCUAAUUACUCUUGAACCAUGGGUGGCAUCGAUGCCAAUACAAGUGCAGCUCUUAGCUGGUCCCAUCACCAGGUUCACGGUUUGUAUCUCUGGCACUUCCCUGUCAGGGGAUAGACUUAGGUGAAGCACCGUUCGUUUCUGCAGCCAGAUCUCUCUGAGCUCUUGCAACUUAUUAAAAAGAGGAGCCCACCAGUUGUCAUUGCACAAUAAUAAGCACACAUUUCUUUAAUGUUCAAUUCCUAGGUGAUUUUUCACAUAUUUUGUUCAAAAUGUCUUUUAUUGCUGUGUGUUGACACACUCUGGUGUAAAAAACUUGCUCUGAAUUCAGAGGAAGUUACAGACAUCAGAAGAGGACCAGUCCUUCUCCUGUGCCUGGUUUAAAGGUACAAAGCUUAUUCUGUCUCUGAGGUCAGAAACUUCCACAUUUCCAGAUCACAGAGGACCCCCAUCUGGGAGGAAACAGAGGAGAGGCUGGUGUUAAGACCUCUGUGUCUCCCCAGAGGGAGGAAGAAACUGAAGAACCGCAGUGGCUUGGUCCUCAGUGCCUUACAAGUCAUGUCUCACCAAGAAAAAAGCCUCUGGGUUGUCAUAGCCCUGAAUUCAGAAAAAGAAAAGGAAUGUGCCAAAGAAUAAGGCCACUGCUUGGAAAAUGUUUUUCCUCACUUUUUCGCCUUUGGCUUGGUGAAAGAAUGUGGAAAAAGAAUGCCAUGAGAUAUCCCCCAGGGAAUAAUGUGAACCCUUUUAUAACAUGUAGAGUGUUGUCAUCUGCUGUUUUCUCUCAAGUACAAGAACUUCAGAUGAUAAUUUAAACUACUCGAUCACACUUAUUUGUGUAAAAUUGAUUUUCAUUUAAUGUUAAUGUUUUUCUGCUUAAUUUUAUGUAACUUCAGAAGUUAAAGAGCUUCAAGGGAAAUUACAGGUCUUUAAUUUGGGGAGUUAAAUGUGUACACUUGAAUUGAUAGGAGCAUCUGUGGUUGCCAGUAUGAAGUAAUUUGUGUGGCAGUUUUUACUGUGCUGAUUUUUUUUAAUAAACUCUAUUUUAAAGUA